AUGCCCUCCCUCACUCUGCCCGACCCGGACAUGAUCCUGCCGUAUGGCAGCGAGCGCGAAUCCCAAACUCCCUCCCCGCCCACUCAGCUGGUCUACCUGUCGAACCUGAAUGCGCGCUACUCCGGCGAUGCGCAUGGCGCCAGUGCUGCGGCCACCCGACCCAAGAAAAAUUUCUCGCGACACUGGUCACACGACGAUGUGAACGCGAACCGCCGGCUGUCGGAUAUCGGCGAGGAACUAUCGCCGUCGCGAUUGGGAGGAUUUGAGGAGUCGGAAGGGCCCCGCGAUCAGGGAUUGGCGAGCUCGCCCGUUAUCAAGGAACAAUUGGCUUCCGAUGAAAAUGAUAAUGCGGGGAGUAGUUCCAGCUCGACUGUGAGCGCGAGGAGUGUUCGCGCUUCGAGCUUGAAGAAGUCGUCACCGCAGAUUCCUGCCGGUCCGUCGCCGGAUGUUGCGGGAAGUGUAAACAAGCCGGACAAUGGGGACGCUGUCAACACUGGUUUGCCCGACAGCAGUGUCAUCGUCUCCGCCGCCAAGGGCAAGGGCCCCGGAGACGAGUUCUCGUCGGCGAUUUUGAGCAGCGAAGCCGAGAGAAUUCUGGAGAACGCAAAGAAGCGCUUGACGUUGAUGGAGGGUAACUUGAACCGCGCUCGUUCGUCGGUGCGGGUCACGCCCUCGCCCUCGCCCUCGCCAUCGUCACCAGCGACCUCACCCAUUGGGUCUCAUUCUCAUCAACCGGGUGGUCUUUAUCGGUCGAUUUCCCACCGCAAAGGAUCCGCGCUCCGACGACAGUCACUGCUUCCGUCGCAGGAUGCUUCGACCAACCGGCACUCCCGCGUCCACAGCGAGACCAACUUCCCGUCGGAGUCCAUGUCCAAUGAUACAAAGCGACUCUCUCGAUCAGUAAGUGCUAUGGGUUCAAGUAGCCAGUCCAGCUUCCAUACCGACGAGCGGUCAUUCCAAUAUGGGCCCGGAAGGGCGUACCUCACGCACCGAGCGUCGAUUUCGUCUAUGCAGCCGCCCCAGCAAGAAAAUCAACAACCGUCUCCGGAGUCUGUGCAGUCAACGGUUAUCGAACAGUCCCAGGAAAACAGCCCCACCGACUCUCCAAAAGGACUGGGCAUCUCUGGGGAAGACGAGUCCAAAUCUACUCCGGGUGAUUUUAGCCCGGUCUACAGCUCGUAUGGCCCACCCAGCCGUGCCCAGUCUCAGCUGCAAGUGCGUGACCUGCAGUACCAGAUGAAGGGUCUUCACAUCAAGAUUUCCUCUUUGAAGGUGCGGAACCAGGAGGACAAUCUUCGCCGGCGCAGUCUGCAAAGUUUGCGCACGCCUAGUCCUUUGACGGCCGCGGAUCCGUGGUUUCACAAUGGUCUGGAACUCCGAGAUGGUCAAAGCAGCCGUAGUUCUAACACGAGACGGGAUGGCAGCUCUGAAUAUACUCGAGAGGCCCGCUCCCCGAACCCCAACGCUACCGCCAAAUACGGGAGUGAUAACCAUGCGACCAAGCGGAGUGAUGGCAGCCCCCAGGAGCCAGCCUCGGCGACUCUCUCACCAUACACGGAGCAUGUUCCUUGGCAAAGCCCGCCUGUGGGCUAUGACGAUGGACGACAAUCUGCCGCAGAGAGCAUGUACGAAGACGCCGAGGAGGGGGACUAUGAGAACGGUUUCAUCGAUCGAGAAGCCCUGGAUGAAAUCCUACGCGAGCCGCUCGACGAAGAUUUGGAAGACUACAAUGCCGAGGGCGUGCCACACGAAGAACGCGAAGAUGCCUUUGAUUAUGAGCAUUUUAUCCUGCACAGCGCAUUGGGGAAUUACUCGCGCCAGCUUCGCCGCGCCAGUCACAGCUCUCACGAGUCUGCCGAGACGACUCGGCCUUCGCAGCCUUCGCGAGCUCGCCAACAAUCUCGUUCUCGUUCUCGACAGCCUUCUCGAUCUCGGUCGGUUAAGCACUCGCGCAAUAACAGUGCCAUGUCUGUCUCGACUGUAGCUACCUUUGCUACUGCAACUGAAGGCGAGGAGAUGACGGAGGAAGAAGAAGACCUUCUCUACUGGGACCGUCGGUUCAAUCAUGAACUUCGCCGCCAGCCCAGUCCCCUUCUCGAGACUGACCGUUCAGAAACUCCCCGUGGCCCACGCGAUAACGGCGAUUUCCCCGUCGAUGGCCAGCGACAAACACCAUCCCGAGCUUUAGACAUGACAGGCCGCUCAUCGGGUGCCGGCUCCGCAACCCCGACGUCCCUUGUCUCCUCCCUCGUUUCAACCGUUCGCGCAGCUUCAAGCCCGCAUCCAGGCUCCGCAACCCCAACCGGAGGCGGAGGCAUCAACGACGAAGACACUCAGAUGCUGGAACAGCUCUUCUCGAGCCUGGGCAACGUCUGCAUGGAACUGCAGGCGAUCACGACCUCCCCAGAUCCCGACAUGAAGGCUGCACGGGUUUUGCGGCGACGACUGGACGCAGCGCGGCGAGUACUGGAUGGAGAGCUCGAUGCUUGA